AGGUUCAUCAACAAUAUGGAACCCAGAAACCAAACAGGUGUUUCAGAAUUCUUUCUCCUGGGACUGACAACAGAUCCAGAAAUGCAGCCCCUCAUCUACAAUAUAUUUCUCUUCAUGUACCUGGUCAUCAUCCUAGGAAACCUACUCAUUGUCCUUGUUGUCAGCUCUGACUCCCACCUCCACACUCCCAUGUAUCUCUUUCUUUCCAAUCUGUCAUUUUCUGAUAUAGGUUUAAGUACAACAGUAAUCCCAAAGAUGCUGCUGAACAUCCAGACACAAAAUCAGUCUAUCACUUACAUAGGCUGCCUCAUACAGGCAUGUGCUAUUAUGGUGUUUGGAGGUUUUGAAAACUGUCUUCUUGCAAUAAUGGCCUAUGGCCGCUAUGUGGCCAUUUGUUGCCCACUGAGAUACACAGUCAUUAUAAACCCUCAUCUCUGUGGCCAGCUAAUUCUAUUCUCUUUGUUCACUAGUAUUGUGAAUGUCCAUGUCCAUAGUCUAAUGUUUUUGAAACUGUCCUUCUGUAAACACCUGAAAAUUCCUCAUUUCUUCUGUGAACUUGCUCAAGUUAUCAAGCUUGCCUGUUCCAAUACCUUUAUCAAUGAGUUCUUGCUAUAUUUUUUAAAUUUCAUGUAUGCUGGUAUUCCUAUUUGUGGGAUCUUUUUCUCUUACAUUAAAAUCAUCUCCACCAUUCUGAAAAUACCAUCAGCUGGGAAAUACAAAGCAUUUUCCACCUGUGGGUCUCACCUCUCAGUUGUUUCCUUAUUCUAUGGAACAGCCUUAGGUGUGUACAUUAGUUCUAUAUUUACAAAAUCACCCAGGAAGGUAGGAGUAGCUGCAGUUAUGUACAGUGUGAUUCCUCAAAUGAUGAAUCCUUUUAUCUACAGCCUGAGAAACAGGGAUAUAAAGGCAUCCUUGAGAAAACUCAUUGGUAGAAUUUGUUGUGUUUAG